AUGGUCCAAACCGUCCGGGCUUCCUGCCAGCGAAGCCCCAACCCGCAAGAAAGUUUAGGCCGGUCAGUCGCCGACUGGCAAUUCGGGCUCAUAGUCGCUCAUCUCAUCAAACCUUAUGUCUUCGCCGACAGAUACGACGUCAGCGAGCUGAGGCAACUCUGCCUUCACAGACUGCACAGCGCUCUGAUACGCGCGGGCCUGAGCCGCACCGGCUACCUAUAUCUUUUCGACGCAAUUACGUUCACUUUUGAAAACACAUGCCCCGGCGACAAGAUCCGCAAGCUCUUUGUGCAGACAUGCGUCGCGGACUUGGUCCUGGUUCGCACCAUGCCCGGAUACAACGACCUGUGCUGCCGAGUCCCGGAGCUGGCGUACGAGAUGACGAUGGAGCUUCCCGAGUACUGGAAUACCUACAUCCAUGCUCUCCGCGACCUUGCUAGCAAGUCUAUGGACAGGUAG